UAUCCUCCACGGACCCUCAACUCGUCCGCCGUCACCUGCUGACCAAAUUCCCGCGUCUGUGCCUUGAUCAGCAAGGCUAAAUGAAGCUCCUCCGGCGAGCGAGUAAGGCGACGUUGCUCCGAGGCUCCACCAGGAUGGUGCUCCGUUGUAGACCACGAUGUACCCUCACUUGCUUCCCGCUUUCAUCCUCCCAGCCCCCUUCUAUACAAGUAGUGCAAUAUGUCCGCUUCCCGAACUUCUAUCCUCCACCCCUCCUCUUCAUUCCCUUCUACUUCCCUCCCUCGUUUGCCCGGUCGCCAUGUUCAAGUAUCUCGCAAUAGCAGCACUCGCUGCCUUAGGAUGGUGCCAGAACUACUCAUCAGGUGCGACUUUUACGAAUCCGAUUCUCGAAUCCGUCGGUGCGGAUCCAUGGGUCUUCCGGCAUGGUAGCUGGUAUUACAUGACCUACACCACCAACGAUAAUAUCACUCUUCUGCGUAGCCAGGUUCUUACGGACUGGAACACCGCGGAAUCUCGACUUCUUUUCCAGCCACCGCAAGGCCUCAACUAUUCCACGGACCUCUGGGCACCCGAGAUACACAACCUAAACGGCACCUGGUACAUCAUCUUCACUGCAGAUCCCAACUUCGACAACCCACCCCCAGAGCAAGCGAUGUGGUGCGAGUACACUUGCCCGGCCGUCCACCACCGCAUGUACGUCCUCGAAGGUCGCGGCCCCUCCCCUUGGACCGCAAACUUCACCUACAAAGCGGAACUAGAUACUUACGAUCAAUUCGCUAUCGAUGGAACGUACUUCCAGCACUCAUCAGGCCUGUACCACAUCUACAGCUGCUGGUACCGACAGUACGACGGCUGGCCAGCCAACUUAUGCAUUACGAAGCUCGAGAACCCGUGGACAGUCGCAUCACCUUUCUCAGAGCGACAGAUUCUUUCCGUCCCUCAAUACCCUUGGGAAAAGACCCCCUACGGCCGCGCCUCCAACGACCGUCUCUCCUCCAACGAAGCCCCGCAGCAGCUCACCAACCCCGCCACCGGCCAACAAUUCGUCAUUUUCAGUGCUGCCCGCUCCGACAAUCGCAACUACUGCCUCGCACUCCUCGAGCUCGUGGGGACCGACCCCAUGAACCCGGGCGAUUGGCGCAAGCACCUAAACCCCGUCUUCUACCAGAACCCCGCCGAGAAGGCAUAUGGAGUGGGCCAUGCGAGUUUCACGAAAAGCCCGGAUGGCAGCGAGGACUGGAUCGUGUACCAUGGGAUGCGGGAUCCGCUGACCGGGUGGGCGGCGCGGACGAUUCGGACGCAGAAGUUCACGUGGAAUGAGGAUGGGACACCCAAGUUUCCGCCGCCGGGAUAUGGACCUUAUCUAGCGCCGAGUGGGCAGUAAUGAGAACCACAUUGCGUAGUAGUAGAGGGAAUCGGGCUGGAUUUCUUACAUUUGGGCGGUGGGAAUUUACCAAGAACCUUGAGCGGAAAGGUUGAAGCUGGCAUGCUCCUGUGUUGAACCGUUGAGGAUAAUAGAAAGAGAAAAGCACUUUAUGUUUAAAUUCUAAGUCCAAAGCGCCCCAACAGCUCUAACAGACUAGAAAAUCUCCAUAUAAUAUAUUACAUAGAUCAUAAGGCCGGGAUAUCAUAGCACUAAUAAAUGCACAA